AUGGUUUGGACGCGAGCCUUUGCUCUCAGGGACUCCCUGGCGCUUGUUCCAUAUUUGGAUCUCUUCAACCACUGGAUUCCGUCGACUCGUGAAGACCCGCUGUGGAAUUGCCGCCUGGAGGAAUUUGAAGAUGCUGUGGGCCUGGUAGCUGACCGCGAUAUCAUUCCCGGUGAAGAACUGCAACAUUUGUAUUCUGAGGCUUCAGAUGCUCAGCUUUUGGUGCAACACGGGAUUCCACCACGGAGGCCUUCAGCAAAUCCAUUCAACGAGGCCACCCUGGUCCUCAGACCCAAGAACUUGCUGCCUCGUCGAGAUCACCACCUGGCCCAGGCGAGAGAGGCUGCCUUUUCAUUACUUGGCUUCAACCUCCAAGCACCGCUGGUUUUCCAGCUGCCCAGCGAGGUGAGCAGACUGAGAAGCCUUGCAUCAAUAUUGGUCCUGGGGCUGAAUUCCUUGGAAGCAUGGAGCUUGAGAGCGAGAGCCUUGGCACACUCAGACUCAGAUCCAGAUAGAAAUCCAAUGACUCCCAUGAUUUACUUGACCGGUCGCCAGCAGCACGAGAGCCGCCAAAUCAUUUGCGACUGGCUAUGGGGCGCAGAAAAGAAGCUUUUGGAAUCACGCGCUUCGGGCUCCACAUUCAUGGCUCUAGAUGAAGCUGUGGAUGCAAUCAUCGUGGAGGACAAAAUUGGACUGCAGCGCUACGGGGAGCGCUACGCGGAUACAGAAUCCCAGGUCGCAAUCCUGAAAGGUGCUUACGACGGCUCAGUGGCAGGGCAGGCUCGCGUGAACAGGUGGUGUACCUUGACCUUGACAGGCCCCACCGACAGUGGCAUCCCGGACAACCAGGAGCAGGGCCACCGCAAUGCGUGGGCACAGGCUUUGGCAUUGCUUGCGGGCCUUCGCCAAAGGAAGCAAGCGCCUGAUGUCCACGUGGCUCAAAAGCUCCUGGCCACUUGCGCUAAGGGUCGCAAGUGGGAACUCGUUGCUCAGCUCUUCCACGAGUUGCCUUUGUGGCAUGUCGCCCCAGAUACUGUGACUUACAACACCGUGGCAGCCUCACUGUUGAAAGCUGGGCUUUGGGAUCAAUCGCUGAGUUUACUGCACAAGGCCUUGCACAGUGGUUUCAGACCAACAGUCGUUACCUACAAUACAGCAAUGUUUGCAGCUCAAAAAGGCAGCGAAUGGACUUUGGCAUUGGCUUUGUUUCAGGAAGCUCUUGACAAGGAUCUGCAGCCAACAACGAUCAGUUGCACGGCGGCAAUGACUGCAUGCGAUCCAGCUUCCUUGUGGUUUGAGGCCUUGGGCAUCCUGUCAAGGAUGCUAGUUGGAGAUGCGUGGCCAGCUCCGGACCUCACCUGCUACAACACAGCCAUCUCCUCCUGUGAGCGUGGUUCCGCUUGGGAAAUGGCGUUGGCACUCGCGUCAGCUCUACCAGAAGCUUUGAAAGCAGAUGUCUUCACUUUGAGCGCCUGCCUCACCGCUUGCCAACGUUCUGCUCAUUGGACCUUGGCGCUGCAGCUGCUGCGAAGCUUUGAUGAUAUGGCGAUCCAGCCAGACCUCGUUGCCUACGGCAGUGCCAUGGCGGGCUGUGCCCAAGGUCCUAGCUGGCCAUUUGCUUUGCACCUGGCUGAAGAGAUGCAAAGCGCCGGCCUCAAGAUGAACACGAUCCUUUGCAGUGCGCUGAUGACCGCAUGCGAGUCAGGAAUGCUUUGGGCUGAAGCGUUAGCACUUCUCACGAGGCCAGAGCUUCAUGGAGCAAAGGCUGAUGUUUUGGCAGUGAGCAGCGCCAUUGGUGCUUGCGGCGCUGCAUUUCAAUGGGCAAUUGCCGUCGCGCUGCUUUUUCAGCUGCCCGAGAGAACUUUGAGGCCUGAUGCGGUAGCCUUCAGUUCUGGCAUUGCUGCAAGCGCCAACGGAAGCCAGUGGGCACAGGCCAUUGCAUUGCUCCAGGCCAUGCGAGCAGAAGAAGUUGACCCUAAUGCCGUAACAUACAGCUGCUUGAUCGAUGCAUGCGGACGAGGUAGCAACUGGCAGCAGGCUUUCGCACUUCUCAUGGAGCUUAGUACCUCAAGAUUGGAGCCGAACGAAGGGAUCUACCGCCAGAUCUUUGCUGCUUAUCAGGCUGCAAGUCAGUGGCAGCAAGCUUUGGCCCUCUUGCAGCACGUUGCCUACACCUGA